AUGUAUUUGUACCUCCUGGGACUAUUAGUGAUCUACUAUGUGUACCGCUGGUUCAGGGAGCUUCCUAGGGUCCCUGACAAGGGCGGCAAGUACGUGUACAUCACUGGUUGCGAUUCAGGCUUUGGAAACCUACUGGCUCGUCACCUGGACAAGAUCGGCUUUCGAGUAAUUGCCUCUUGCUACACUGAGAAGGGCGAAGAGGAGCUGAAGAAGUCAUGCUCCGGAAACUUGACCACGUCACACCUGGAUGUUCGAUCUAUGGAAAGUGUGGCUAAAGUUGCAGACAUGAUUAAGGGCAAAGUCGGACAGCGUGGCCUGUGGGCCGUCGUGAACAAUGCAGGAGUGGCUGUCCCGACCGCCCCGUGUGACUGGCUGACCAUCGAUGACUACAAGUCCAUGCUGGAUGUGAACCUAAACGGGGUGAUCGCCGUGACUCUGAGCGUCCUGCCGCUCAUCAAGAAGGCCAGGGGGAGAGUGGUGAAUGUGGCCAGCGUCUUCGGGAGGAUUAGUCCCACCGGAGGCCCGUACUGCGUGUCCAAAUACGGCGUGGAGUCUUUCAACGAUAGCCUCAGGCUCAAUAUGGCACCCUUUGGUGUCAAGGUCUUGUGCAUUGAACCAGGCUUCUUCAAAACAAACGUGACUGAUGCUGCGAUUCUGAGUAAAAAUAUCAAGUUUCUUUGGGACAAGAUGCCUCAGGAGGUCAGAGACGAGUAUGGACAGGAGUACCUUCAGAAAUCGUUAGCGAUCCUAACAGACAAAGUUGCAAAGAUAUCAGAUGGAGACCUGAUGAAAGUCGUCAGUUGCAUGGAGCACGCCAUAUCGGCCGUUCGACCUCGAACCCGCUACUCUCCAGGAUGGGACGCCAAGUUCUUUUGGCUGCCACUGUCCUACAUGCCAACCUGUGUCUCCAACUAUAUUCUGACCAAACAAGCCAUUCCAAUUGCUAAAUCAAUAGAUUAA